AAAGGGGUCCGAGACACGAAUUCAGGACGGAAUCCGUCCGACACAGCGCCAGUUAGAAGCUGCCCUCUCUCUUUCUUUCUCCAAGCGCGGGACGCGUUACCGCCGACCGAUCUCAGACCGAUCUUCGACAAGGUGUGGCGGUCAGACAGAGCCCGUGGAAGGAGGAGCGAGAGAAAGGGCAGAGAAGAUCGGAAGACGUCAGGAGCACCUUCGAGACAAGCGUGAGAGGUCGCUAUAGAAUCGCAAGACACUCGUUGACGCGUCAUAUUUAACAGCAUCGCAGUGGAAUUCGUUGUCGAUACGCCGAAAUGACUUUCGGCGUGUCUCCGGCCGCGCGAGUGAGCGAGCCGAGUCAAGAGGGGCCUUGAAAAAAAGCCGAUCUCUCGCCUCGCGAGCCAACGGGGCCCGCGGGGGCCCGCUGGCCCCCGUUCCAUUCCGUUUCGUUCCGCCGUUCAGAUCGGCGAGCGUCGCCCGGAAGAACGGAGCGGCCUUACGCGGCCAGUGCACGGAACGGUGGUCCCCGCAGCUGUCAGAAGAGUCCGCGAGUUACAGUGAGUGAUGGCCCUGCGCCUGAGGGGCAGCAAGGAUGUCAAGAAAAGCUUCUAUUACGUCUGGUACCUCGGCGCGAGAGAGGCCAAAGGGGUGGACGCGAUGCCUAGUGCCAUAGCCUACCUGCUGGAGCGGGAACGACUUCAAGAACCUUUCAAGGUCACACUGCAGGUGAGCAACAAAGGUCUGAAGAUUAUACAGACGGUUCACCCAGGUGGCUCCACGAGGUCGGCGGUGAAGCACUUGGUACCAGGCCACGCGGUGCUGGCAGCUGUGCAGCGGGAGGACAUCGUGGCCGCGACUCUGCUCCUGCCGAAUCCUGCCACCAACAAUCCUGUGCACGUGCACGCGUACAGAUGUGAUUCGGUCGAGACCGCCGAAUUGUUGGGCGGCCAGUUGAAAGCGCUGGCGUCACACGCCGACAAUUUGGCCAGGGUCACGACGGGCGAAGGCAGGAUCCGCAACAAUCUAGGCAGCGACGGCCGCAGCACCAGAGAAUCCGAGUCCUCCGAAGGCAGCGGUGAGCUCAGACACGAUCCGGUCCAAACCACGACCAUUUACGAGUCUCUGGCCGCCGAGUUGCGGGCGAAAUUAGGCAGAGGUAAUUCCGGCGAUAACGACGUCGGGCCGAUAUUAUUGCCGCCGCGUGACUACGACACCGUGCACAGACACCGCGGCAACCUGGCCGGGAUUGAGUUCAGACGCUGCCUCAAUCAGACGAUCGUGGGUGGUAGCACGGCCGUCGACAGGGGUGGCACGAGAAGCGCAGCCAGCAGCGGAAUAGGAUCCGACAGCGCGGCGACACCACCGCCCUACCAGACUCACCACCCUCUCGGCCCGAGACCGUCCAGACCGUCCAGAGACUCAUCUUCCGAUGACGACUGGGGCGCGCCAAACGAAGAGAAUGAUUAUCUGCCGGAAGUGGAAACGGCCGCGUCGAGCUUGACGUUGCCGCGGCUACCGCGGAGCCCGGAAAGACUGGCCAGCCAGGUGAACAGGGGAGUCUCGCCGAACUGCAACAGGAACCGAAGAGCGGCAGAAUUCAGACAGCGAUCGCCGAGUCCUCAAUACCAGCCCAGAGUCAAUCCCAGCGAGGUGACCAGUCCUAGAGAGAGGUUCCAAGAUGCUAAGGAAAUGUUUAGGGCCAUGGAGAGGGAGGCCAUCGCCAGACCCGUUCUCUCCAGGCAACGAGACGCCGAGCAUCAUCCUGUUCACAGGGUCGAAUCAGCCAGACAAGUUCACGACGACCGAUCCGGUCGCCAGUAUCCGGCGAGUAUGAACUCCGUGUCCUCGCACGAGCACGUGAUGAGACGAAAUCAGGCGGACGCGCUGGACCGCGAGAAUGGCGUGUCAUACAAGGGCAGACCGCGACCAAGGACUCAUCAUUACGCGAUUGAACGUCCGCCCGAGACGGAAACUUCGAGGCCACGACCGAAAAGCUUCUACGAGGACUUGUCAACGGCUAGGGAUUUCAGAGAUCAGAGGAACCCCGUUGAUCAAAGAGAAAUGCGAGACUUUCGCGAGCAGCGCACGCAGCACUCGCGGGAACUCCGCGACAAAUUACGAACGAGGAGCACGACCUACCAGGAACUGUCGGAGCACGAGAGAUACCCUGGACUCGAUCGUGAAAGUGCCAGACCAGCGUUGGAAAUGGCCCCGGCGCUCGGUAGAUAUCGCUACAGUUACGCCGAGCCGCCGAGAUUGGGUCUAGCAGCGCUCCAUCCUUACUGAUGGAUUAGCCCCGUUAAUUAAUGAAUUAUUUAAUUAACCGACAUUAUCGCAUCGUUAUCACGCAUUAUUCGUAUCACGCCUUGAUCAGUUCAGUGUGUUCAGUGUGUUUGCGAGCGACGGGACGAGACCCUCGACUCUGCCGUCGUCGUAAAACGCAGGAUGAAGGAAAAACGAAGGAAGGCAAAAACAAGGAUCGCGAUAUGUGAGAGCUUUCGUUUCUCGAAUUUGGACCGCCAGCACGAAAGAGUUACUUUUUUCUUUUCUCUUCCCAACAUUGGCGCAAAUCGUAUCGAUAAUAAUUAUUGCAGAAUACGAAUUUUUUUUGAUAAUCUCGCGUACGCCUAAUCACAGAUGUUGCGUGACGUUUUCUUCAUUCCCCUGCCCUCUCCCUCACUGAACAGUCAAUGCCACAAUCGGAGAUUGUGUAUGUACGUAACGACAGUAAAUUAGCUUGUAUAUGUAUUAUCACUUUUGAGAUGAAUACAAUUAUGUACCGUUUUAUGUAUCAUUUGUUGUCAAAGUACGAACGCAGGAUGUCGUUGCUAAGAUGAUUCCGCGCGGGAACGACCUGUAACACGCGCGAUCCCGAGUGCAUACUGUAUUGUUAUUCGUCGGAUGCCACACUAACAACAGUAAUAACAACAAUAACAAUAAUAUUGAUAUAAUAACGAUAUCAAUAAUAAUCGUAACAACAAGUUUUCAUAUCUUUUUUCUUAUUUUCCUCCAUUGUUCGACUAAAGUCGCUGGAAGCAUGGAAGCUGGAAAUCCCCUUUAAACGUACAGCAGUUUAUACGGCCGUAAGCGUGCUUAAAGAACAUAUUAUAUCCAUCGAUGUACUGAGACGAUUUUCAUUC